AACAUGUGCCCCUGAGGACAAACACAAUGAGCUAACAUGAUUACAUUUGAGUAUAAAUAUGAGCUGCGCACAAAUUGUAAUUAUCAUAAUUUGACAUUCAAGUAAAAAUUUGUCUAAAACAAAAAACAAAUUAAUUUACAAGAUGUGCAAAUUGACAAUGUUUGCUAUUGUGGCGCUAGUAUUUGUCGUGAUUAACCAGAUUUGCGCAGAAACUAGACAAGUUGAAACGGAUGUCUAUGGUUUACGGCGACCUUUAGUGAACCACAGUUAUAAUAUUGGCGACUUUCUUGGAGUCUCUUGCGCAGCUAAAUUGGUUAAUACCGAAACGGACCCUGAGCAAAAUGAUGAAAUGCUAUCAAUGACCUUAUUCAAGGACGGCCAACCAUACCACAAACUAAUUGGACCGGGAAUCUCGGGAAGGAUUGAAGAUUAUCCCACAAAAGGCAUACAAGACAUAAGUCCGAUGGGGUGGAGUUCAUUCUCGCACAAUGUGGGCCUCAAUGAGCACUCCGGGUACGCCAAUAAUGAAACAAAAGGGUCGUACACUUGUCAGGUGAUCUAUAAAGACUACCAAAAUUAUACAAUAACUAUAACCUCGGACCAAUAUGAACUGAAAUUAAAGUAA